AUGCUCUCCUACCUUGGACUGAGUAACAAGACAGGAAAAAUUUUGUUUCUUGGUCUUGACAAUGCCGGAAAAACAACACUGCUUGGAAAACUUGCCACAGAUCAGGUUCAUGUCCACAGGCCUACUUUUCAUCCAAAUGUGGAGGAGCUAACUCUUGGCGGCAUCAAGCUUAAAACCAUUGAUAUGGGUGGCCACUUGGAGGCUCGUCGUCUUUGGAAGGACUAUUUCACAAAGGUUGACGGCGUUGUCUUCAUUGUGGAUGCCGCUAACCCGGAACGCUUCCCAGAAGCAAAGCAAGAACUCGAUAUGCUUCUGCAAACCGAAGAGCUCGCCAAGACUCCCUUCAUCAUUCUUGGUAACAAAAUUGACAUGCCACGUGCAGUCUCAGAGGAACAUCUUAUUGCCGCCAUGGGCCUCACGGGCCUCUCUACGGGGAAGCAGAACAAGGUGACAGACGCAGCCGUACGCCCACUUGAAGUAUAUAUGUGCAGUGUUGUCAAGAAGGUCGGAUACGGAGAUGCCUUUCGUUGGCUUUCGCAGUAUCUGCAAAACUCAUAG